AUGAUCGAAUGCGCCUCCAAGGACGGAUUCUCAGCCCGGUACCGAGUCCAGGACGGCGCCAACUUUCCGGUCAAGUGGCAGCCCGUCCAGACAUUCGUCGACUUCAUCGAGUCAACCUUCCCCCAUGACGCCUCGAGCUCAGUGCCCCUACGAGCCUUCACCGGAGACAGAGGCCUCAAGGCGUGGAAGCUGAAGGCGUGGAAGCUGAGGGCGCGAUAUGCAGCCCGCAUCGUGCCGACCAACGACCUCGUCCAGCAUCUCCUGUACGACCGCCGCACUGGGACCCUGAGCGUCUUCCACCAGACAGCCUGGCUCAAGGCCAAAUUCGGCACUCUGCGGGAUAGAGUCUUGCCACGCCCGCCCAGACAGCUGCUGGUGGAGACGCUGCUGUCCAUCUACAACGUGCUCUUCCCGCUGUCGGUCGAUAAGCGGUCGCUCAAGCUGGCGCGGAGCCUCGUGCACUACCCGGCCGCGAGCGCGCGCUUCGACCCCAACCUGCUCGUCGACGACGGGCUGGUCCGCGAUCUGCCCGACCACGCGGACGACUUCCAUUUCGUCUACUGGGCCGAGCGCGACGCCCUGACCGUCGCCCUCAACGGUCUGUUUCUUGCAGAACUGUUUGGCCUGCUAGGCGUCGUCGUAGGCAUCGCGCAGCUAGUCGUGUCGUAUCUGGCGUGGGAGUACCCCACUCCGUUGACCUUUGACGAGGAAGAAUUUUUCGGAAAUCAGCAUGAGACUCGCGCAACAAUUUUUCUCGCCAUCCUCCCCAUUGCGUUCCUCUGGAGCGUCCUCUUCACCGCGCGGGCCAUAUACAAGGCUUUCGUCCAGUCCAUGACACUGAUCCUCGAGAACACGGCGGUGACGUUUUACUGGCUCAGCCUACUGGUGCCCGUGUUGGCCAUUCUGGUAUUCUCGUCGACGGUGAGAAACGGCUGGAAACCGCUUGUUUUGGCCGCGCUCGCAUCCCUGUGGUGGUACAGCUAUUCGAACUUCGAGACGCGCACAUACACCUACGUGCACUUCGCCAUCACGGUCUUCUGCCUCGACGAGGCCGUCGGGAUUGUCGUCACAAACGCCAUCGCAGAAUACGGCCCGGCGCUCACCGUGGCAAAGGUGUUCCUUGGCUAA